AUGCACUUCGUCGCCGCCAUCUUUCUUGUUGUGAUGUGCUGGGUGGUCUGCUUUCACAGCUCCGGCAACGUUUGUGUUUUAAUUUAGAACUUAACCUCCCUAUCUGUUAUUUGAGUCUUAAUUUUCUUGUAAGCAAGCGUUGAAAAGGAAGAAAGCAACAUGGCGCAGUACAAAGGAGCUGCCAGUGAGGCUGGGAGAGCCAUGCAGCUAAUGAAAAAACGAGAAAAGGAGCGAGAGCAUCUUGAGCAACUUAAGCAGAAGAUUGCAGAGGACAACAUGGUCAAGUCCAACAUCGAUAAAAAAUUCUCUGCUCAUUACGAUGCUGUAGAGGCAGAGCUGAAGUCCAGCACGGUUGGUCUGGUGACACUGAAUGAUAUGAAGGCCAAACAGGAGGCACUGGUGAAGGAAAGAGAGAAACAGCUGGCCAAGAAGGAGCAGUCCAAGGAGCUCCAGCUCAAGUUAGAGAAGCAGAAAGAGAAGAAGAGAAAGGAAGAACAGAAGAGGAAAAUAGCCAGUUUAUCAUUUAACCCUGAAGACGAAGAGGAAGAAGAGGAGGAAAAUGAAGAGGAAGAGCAGGAUUACUCUCCAGUUAGGAAGAAGAAACUGGGGAAAAAUCCAGACGUGGACACAAGUUUCCUUCCAGAUCGAGACAGAGAGGAGGAGGAGAAUCGUCUCAGAGAGGAGCUAAGGCAGGAAUGGGAGCUCAAACAGGAGAAGAUCAAGAGUGAGGAGAUUGAGAUUACGUUCAGCUACUGGGAUGGCUCUGGACAUCGUAAGACUGUCAAGAUGAAGAAGGGCAACACCAUCCAGAACUUUCUGCAGAGGGCCCUGGAGGUCCUCAGAAAGGACUUCAGUGAGCUCAGGUCUGCUGGAGUUGAGCAGCUGAUGUAUAUCAAAGAGGAUCUGAUAAUCCCACAUCAUCACAGUUUUUAUGACUUCAUUGUGACCAAAGCCAGAGGCAAAUCUGGUCCUCUUUUCAGCUUUGAUGUCCACGACGAUAUUCGACUGGUGAACGAUGCCACUGUGGAGAAAGAUGAGUCUCACGCAGGUAAAGUGGUGCUGAGGAGCUGGUACGAGAAGAACAAACACAUCUUCCCUGCAAGUCGCUGGGAGCCGUACGAUCCUGAGAAGAAAUGGGACAAAUACACGAUCCGGUGAAACGGCGGCUUUCUUCACGCUUUGGGAUCUGUGAACGCAAGCCUUUUGCUGUUAAUUUCCAUCUUAUUCUACUUUAUUGUAAAAUAUUUCAUCAAUGCUUUGUCGGGAUUUGACAAAAAUCUUCAUUCAUGGUUUUACUAGCUUUGUGAAAUACUUAGUUUUCCUUAAUGUAUCCGAAUCACCAGUUCAAUGUCACAAACAAAAAUAACCCCACUUUCGUAUGUAUAUAGCUCAUAAACUUGUAGUCGCUUCUGUGCUGAAUAAAAAUGAACCUGGCUAUGACUGACUUGA